CCGACAGAACAUAGUAGCACAUGACUUAGAGCUAGGUAUAUGAGGUGGUUCUUGUUGUGUGAGAUUUGAAAUUGAGAGGCACAUCAGCUCCGAAAGAUGAUAGAUACACUAUAAGGAGAAAAGUGAACCUCGGCAUUUCCAGCCCCUCCGCUCUUUUGCCCCAUCAGGAGACGGCUUCAUCUCCGCAUUUUUCUCCUCCAACUGCGUGAUGGAAAUUUCCUCCUGUCGAAACACUAAUAAGAGAGAGUUUUGGUGUGUAAUUCUUGCAAUUCACUCAUUCAAACCCGAAUCUUCAAGAAGCACCUCUUGUCCUUCCAUCAAAUCGCGCUUACAAUGCCCCAACAACCCGACCUCUUCCACGGCUGGGUCUCGCAUUCGCCCACCGAGCCUCUACUAUUCACCACCUUCGAGGCCAAACCUUUCGAUCCCACCGACCUUGAAAUUCAGAUCACUCACUGCGGGAUUUGCGGGACAGAUGUGCACACACUUCGCUCCGGAUGGGGACCCUCCGACUACCCCUGCGUAGUCGGCCACGAAAUCGUGGGUUUCGUUACGCGCCUCGGCGCCUCGGUCUCGUCCCUCCCUGCGCCGUAUUCAGCCUUCCAGAUCGGCGAUCGCGUCGGUGUCGGCGCCCAGAUCCUGGCUUGCCUGCGUGUCGACUGCGACGCCUGCAGUAUCAACCAGGAGAACUACUGCCCCCGCAUCACGGGCACCUACAACGACCGCUUUUACGACGCAGGCUUCACGCAGAAGACCUCCGUGAAGACCAUGGGUGGGUUCGCGCGCACGUGGCGCGGCCCGGCCCAGUUUGUGUUCAAGAUCCCCGAUGCGUUGCCCUCGGCACAUGCGGCUCCGUUGCUGUGUGCGGGGUCCACCGUCUUCACCCCGCUCCGCAAGUUCGGCGCCGGCGAGGGGAAGCGUGUCGGAGUGGUGGGCAUCGGUGGGCUGGGUCAUCUGGGCGUCUUGUUUGCAAAGGCGAUGGGCUGUGAGCGGGUGGUCGCCAUCUCGCGAUCCUCAGCCAAGAAGAAGGAUGUCGUCGAGGGUCUAGGGGCGGAUGGGUUUAUCGCGACGGGCGAGGAGGAAAAUUGGGCGAAGAAGUAUGAGCGAACGCUCGACCUGAUCAUUUGCACGGUCGAUGGGAAUGAUAUGCCGCUGGCGAGGUACUUGCGGCUGCUGAGGGUGGGGGGCACCUUUGUACAGGUGGGUGCGCCCGAGAAACCGCUACCCCAAUUGCCGGCCUGGGCAUUCAUUCAGAAGGGCAUCAGACUGGCAGGUUCAAAUAUCGGGUCGCGGGAGGAUAUCAGGGCCAUGUUGGAGCUGGCAGCGCAGAAGAGCGUGUUGCCUUGGAUCGAAAAGCGGCCCAUGGAGGAGGUCAAUGUCGCGUUGCAAGACAUGGAUGCCGGAAGAGCAAGGUAUAGGUAUGUGUUGGAGAACGGGGAACCAGACAGUAAAUUAUAGAGAAGCGACAUAGAGACGACGCUAGACCAAUC